CACACUCAGCAUGCAUCUCAACAGCCGUGCCCAUUCCACCGUUUAUGCAGUGUUCGUUUGUUUGCUGGUCGCGCUCGUUAGUUGUUCCGUUCGGGCGUCCCGGUGCACCGGCCCGAGCAACGAGACUGCCCCAUUUGAAGUGCAUCAUAACCGCGAUCGACGGUACGUGCUCAGCUUCCCGGUUAACGGCGGUGUGGCGAAAGUGAUUUUCGGUUUCGUCGCACCCGUCCGCUUUCAUCACAUGCUGAAGCGCAGCCUGAACCUGGGCAUUAACCUGCAGGCCAACUAUCGCAUCCUGCCGACCAUUAUCUUCCCGCAUCCGGAGUCGGUGUGGCAGAAUCGGUACAGCGAAGAAACGUACAUCGAUACGGGCCGCCGGCAGCUGUACGAGCUGGUGGAGAGCUUUCUCGGAAGGAAAGCGGGCGCACGGAGCAGCCCACGGAGUGAAAGGGCACGUGCCUGUCUGUUGCGUACGAUAUGCGAGGUGGCCGACUCACCGCUGACCCACAACGGGAUGGUCGGCGAAAUAUUGGAUGUUGUUUUCACACCGGGUGAUACCGAUGACCUGCCGUAUGAGUAUAAAAUGGCCCGAAAGUAUGGUGCUAACGGGGUAAACUGUGGCCGCCUGUACCACGAGUGUCCGUUUGGGCAUGGCAUUUUGGACGCUAUUACGGCGAUGCACUGGUGAUGGGUUGACUAUGCGCUAAUGGAGAUUUGAUUGUAAGGUGCAAGGUGUGAGAAGGAACAAAAUGAGA